AUGUCAGGCCCGCUGAGUGAAAAACGCGCGUAUCCGGAACAGUACAACCAAUCAAUGCGGUAUCAUCCAGAUGCGAACGCCAGAAACCCAGUGCACUGGAAGUACCCUGCUGGUGGCUUGAGCAACACGCACUCGACAAAAGUCGAGCGGGGGCGCGAGAGUACGCGACACACCGGACAUCCUGCCGUGCAUCAUUUGACCACAGGUCCUCAGGGUGAACAACACAGCAGAUAUCUUCAACGAAGUGCUCUGCCCAGGGAUCAGUAUCAUUCUAAUCCGGAUCUAUCCAGGCAAUACAAACACAGGGUAGCCGAUGACCACCAACAAUACAGUCGAUAUAGAGAUGGUGACCGCGGACCAUUGACACCGAAAAGAAAGGCCAGCGACCUGGAGGAAUUAAGACUCGCUAAACAGCCCCGUUCGAACCCAUCAUCCCCACACGCAGAGCACUAUAGUUACUACUCAGGAACUCGGGCUCUGACCGCGAGACCGCAAUUUUCUUCGCACCCUGACGUGCAAUAUCGCUCUACAUAUGGCCAUGGAGUGGAGGGCAGCCGAGAUAGUACAAGCGCAGCUCAAUACAGGCCGAUGGAGGGCAGCCGUGAUAGUACAAGCGCAGCUCAACACAGGCCGAGUGAACAUAUCUCGUCACACAAGGCCUGGUCGUCCUCAAAGCGAUAUUCGCUAGAUUUUCAAGGUUUGCAUCAGCAACCUGUGGCAUAUCAACUGGCCAGAGCGGAAGGAGGUGAUUUGAUAGAGGCUGAUGUGGGUCUUCAGAGAUACAAUUCAAUUGAGUCCACAGUAGAGAUUACGCAUGAUGUCGUCUCGCCAGACUGUGACGCCGACCACGAGCCUGAACUACAGUUCAACCCCAGCGGAAGGAUUCCAAGAGAUGACGUAUAUACUGGCAGUGCCAGGUCGAACCGCGUAGUACACGAGGAGCCUUCAUCAAACCUUGCAGAUAGGCAUAUGGGACCGCUCUACAGUCAUCCGAGGCAACAGUCCGUCCACGCCCGACCGAUUUCUGUGCAUAAAGAAGAUGAUCAGAAUCGAGUGAGUCAACCCAUGUUAAUGCCGUGA